CACAUGUGGUCGUGUGCUCGCAUCGCACCCCCUUUUAGAUCGCAUUCGAAGCCGCACUUUCUUCCAAACGUGCGAGUUGCGCUCCGGCGAUGUAUACCAAUGGGGUAGGCAUGGACGGACGGAUGGAUGGAUGGGUUGGUAUAGUUCCGAUCGGUUCAGCAGAUGUUAGUUUUAUCCACGCGUUUGGCCAGAGUGUUGUGUAGUUGUCUGGCUUCUACCGUCUGCUCGUUCGUCGUAGUGUGUUAUGAUUUGUAACCGAGCGAGAGUGUUGUUGGGUUGUCGUCGCUGGAUGGUUGAAUCAUUCCUCCUCUGUCCAUGAGAUUGUAUAUCUUAUACUGGUGGAAGAGGGUACAGUCUUAUAGUGGAUCUAUCCCCGGCGUGGUCGUUAGAGAAAUCUUCCUGCUCGCGGUCGCUUUUAGUGAAGUUUUAGUGGAAAUAUUCAAUUGGAUUAGAAGAAUUAUCAAGGUGGAAUAGUUGGGAAAACAUAUUUGACAGUGUUUUGCUAGUGAGAUCAAAUAAGUUACUACGCAAUGUGAUUGAUUGCGACGAAUAAAAUAACGGCCAACUUUCCGUUCAGUGUACUGUUAAUACUCAAUAUUCAAGAGAUUAUUGAUUAGGGGAAAUAAUAAAGCAAAAUGGUGCUCUACAAGCUGAUGGUGGUGCAUUGGUCUAUUUUUACGCUUUUUAUACAGUUGGUGUUCUGUGCAUCUGCAUUUACAA